AAAUUACAGUAACAUAUAUAAAAAUAAACCAAUUAUUAUAUAAUGUAUUUAUGUUAUUUCAGUACAUAAAUGUCUAAAGCUUAUUAGAUUUGUGAUAAAAUAUCAGAAUUUGUUAAGAGAUGAAUGAAAUUGUGAAAUUUGUUAAUAUAUUGGAACCGAGGAACUCUCAAUUCGGAAUAUUUAAAUUUAUGACACGAUCAUGGGAGCCCACAAAAACCUUAACCCUUGAUAAAUACUAUUUCCCGCAAGAACUCAAAAAAGUUGUCGCCGAUUCUGUGUACAUCGAUGCUUUUAUAGAAAAGGAAAGUAUUAGAAAUGGCAUUCCAAAAGAACAACUUAGAAAAGAGGUAUUGGAUUACUUAGAAGAAAUUGCAAUGGAUAAGAAAUUACAUGUAAUUCGUUGGAUGGGAAUUGUGUUCCUCAAGAUAUGUUUUAUGAUGAAGAUAGAAGUAUUUGUGAAUGAAUCUUCGGUUUUAAAGUUAAAAUCGUCGAUGGGGAAGAAUCCUGUGUUGUUCUUGCCGACACACCGGAGCUAUGCUGAUUUUUGUCUAAUGACGUACCUUUGUUACCAUUAUGACAUUGAUCUACCUGCUGUUGCUGCAGGAAUGGAUUUCUAUUCUAUGGCCGUGGUCGGUCAAAAAAUGCGUGAGACCGGCGGGUUUUACAUCCGCCGCACUCUUGUGGGUGCGCCGUUGUACUCGGCCACGCUUCGCCACUACGUGCGCACUCUGGUCGCCAAGUACAGCGCGCCCGUAGAGUUCUUCCUUGAGGGAACCAGGAGUAGGAGUAAUAAGAACCUACCUCCCAAAUAUGGCAUGCUGUCAAUGACCCUCCUGCCAUACUUCGCAAGCGAAGUGACUGACAUCACAGUGGUGCCUGUGAAUAUAAGCUACGACCGUCUCAUGGAGCAAGGACUGUUCGCGUACGAGCACCUGGGUGUUCCAAAACCAAAGGAGACUACAGGGGGUCUCCUUAAGUCUCUACAUAAGUUAAACGAUCACUAUGGCAAUAUUUACAUAAAUCUCGGCGAUCCAGUAUCUGUAAGAGAAUAUGUCGGCCAUCAGUUGCCACUUUCUGCAGAAAUGUUGAAACCUUUAGAUUUGCAACAACUAACUGCGGAUCAGUUUAAGAGUGUACAAGACAUCGCCAAUCACAUGGUGACAAUGCAACAGAAUUGCACAGUGGUGACGAUAUCCAAUUUACUAUCGAUCGUUUUGAUGGAAAGUUUGACCAAGAACGAGGCGUUGAUUUUAGAUCAGGUUUUGGAGAAAAUUGAAUGGUUGAUCCAGGUUCUUAGAGCCCUCGGUGCAUCAGUAUUUGAAAACAAUGUUAAAAGUAGCGUCGAAAGAAUAUUGGUGGUGCACAAGAAUUUGAUGAGAGUGGACGGAAAAAAUAGAUUAAGACUCGUAUCUAGUGCUCUCGUGAAUAUCAAUUCCGAUGUUCAGAAGAAAAUGAAAGGUCACAUUUUAAAGGCAGAAACCAUUGUGAAUGCGAUACCGAUAAUACAAUUACAGCUGUAUGUAAACCCCGUCCUACAUUACCUGGUGCCGCCCGCCUUCAUAUACCUUAUAACCACGAGAGGGGUCACGAAUAAAGAAGAACUAUCUGCGGACUACUAUAGACUUAGGAAAUUGCUUAUACACGAAUUCUUCCAUUUGGAGAAGACUGAAGAAGUUACGUUCAAUGCUGCGCUACAAUACUGCGUGCGUAACGACGUGACGUCACCCACGUACACUCCUGGGAGCGCCCACGCGCUGCACACGCUGCUGCGCGUCGCCGUCACACCCGCGCUGCGCACGUUGCUUACUUGUGCGGAAGUCAUGGCGCAGUGUAAAAGAUGUGAGCACAAACGGGUCUUGAAGUUAGUCCAGGAACGCGUGGAGAAUGGUCGGUACCACCCCUACUGUCUAAGCCUCGAGGCGGCCAACAACUGUUUGCAAGGACUGACCCAUUACGGAGCUCUCGUCAAACAAAGGAGCAAACAGCAACAAGUUACCUAUGAUACGGUGCCAAUAAAACUCGAGGAAUGUCGUCUUUUGAUAUCAUCAAUAUUACCAAGAAAUGAUGUUGAUUUUGGUAACAAUAAUUCGGUUAUAUUUAAUCAAGAUGACGUCAAAGCUAAAUUGUAGAAAAAACUCGCCUUAAAACAAAAAAUAUUUACGAAUAACUACUCACCAACCUGAUGAAUUCGGUUACAAGCGGUUAUUUCCAAUUUUUAUCUUUGCAUUUUAUAAAAAGUAUUUUUUAGAAUAUAACUAUUGGGUAACUCGUCACAUAAGUUCAAAUUCGUAAUAUCUAAAACAUAUGUUUAACGUGGACACUACGGCAGGGCUGGAUUAGGCAACUAUCUUGAAGCCAUUAUGGAUAAAAUACCCCAAUUGCCUAGAGGCAAAGUUGUACAAAAUAGAAACAAAUGUAUUGUAUUUAAAGAUGACAUUCCCGCUGUGAUAUUGUUACAACAAUUAAAUACAUAACCAAAUACACAAAUAUGGUCGGGCGACUAACUGUAAGUGGGAAAUGGUACAAUACAAAAAUAUACACGAAUGGUACAAUACAAAAAGAAACAGUGACAAUCGUUGCAUAGACAAGAGAUUGACAUAAACUGUGUAAUUAAAAUGACGCAAAAGUCUUAACUACUGACUUUCUUGACAGUUUUUCUGGGUACAAUCUACUUUCUGAACCGGUGGUAGCUUUACGUUUAAUUCGAUAUAAGUGACGUGACGAUUCAAAAGUGGUUUUACGAGCCUAUGAAUAUGAUUGACUUUGAUCCUGUGCCUCGGGAGCGACAUAAAGCUCCGAAAUAAUAUAGGCAACCUGAGCAUUCAUUUCGCUAGUCAUUGAGGUUGGUCGGCGGGAUCGAUAUUUCGUCAGGACUACUUUAUUUUUAAGGAGAUAAUAUAAUUUUUUAUGGUAUAAGUUGGCGGACGAGUAUAUGGGCCACCUGAUGGUAAGUGGUUACCACCGCCGAUAGACAC